CCGCUCCUCCUACGAUAAUGGGCAUGGUUUAAACGCAGUUAGAAGAGGAGGAGACGCGGUAGCAAGCAGAGGGAGGUUGAUGAGCGAAAGUACUCACCCAUUGCGCGCAGUACAGUAUAUUGAUUGAUACGAGGCGGGCAGCGGCAGGCUUACAAACAUCCCUGUCACCAACCCUGAGUAAGAGGGACUAGAUAAGUGUCUGGCUGAGCCGAGGCAAGACGCACUCAUUAAACUGGAAGAACGGAACUGGUGAGACACACGAGCGUACAUGUGGAAUUGGAAUAGAAGCAGAGGAGGAUGACUGAGGCAGCGUCACGCAUGGACAAGACUCCUCUUUGGAAAAGCGUUCUUUCCAGGACAGGCCUGUGAAGCCUGUUUUGUCUGUCACUUUUCCAGUGGAGAAAAUUAUAAAUCAAUUGCCAACAAAGUUUGACAACAAAUACUCCAGAGACCACAGUCUGGACUGAAGAAAAUACAUAUCCACCGAACAUUGUACUCUGAAGAGCUUUCUGCUAUUUCUGUCAUUGUUUGUGUUGUUUUUCUGUGGGAAGCAGGCUGCUAAUUUAGGAACAAUCUUGGAAGAAAGAAAAAAGGACUGCAAUUAUCGGAGUGCCUCUAUAACUACUGAAUAUAGAUAUCAAUUUGUUUAGCAGCUCAAGAGCCCAACAAAGAAACUAGUUUUAGAAAACCCACUGUGAUAUUGUGGCUGUGUGAAUUGCUACUCUUCUAAUGCCGCAUUUCCUAGAUUUUGACUCUGGGGACACUUAGGGCUGUGCUCUUAGAGAGAGAGAGAGAAACAAGGGAAAAAAAGGAAAGCCUGACUUGCAGAGUGAAAAGGACCUUUCUUUUAGACAGUCAUAGCAUAACCCUGGGACAGAUUUUAGACUGAUGGUUCUUUAAUACAGGACACACAGACUGCAAACUUUGCCUGUCUCUUACUUUGUCGCUGGAUUGGACCUAGACCAUCCUUUGCUUUGAUGUCUUUACCUAGAGCGGCUGAAAAUGAAGCCACUCACGCCAAUUGGUUCCCCGUCUCCACUGCGGCUUCUGAACAAGGGCCCCGAGUACCUGCGCAGGCAGAUGGACAGCGGCAGCAGGGGGCGUUCGGUGAGCGCCGUGGAGCAACUGGAGGCUGACAAGGCCAAGUACGUGAAAAGCCAGCAGGUGAUCAACACCAAGCAGGAGCCAGUGCUUGUGCCUUGUGCUACUCCCCCACCGCAGCCGAGAAGACCCUUCACAGUGCCACAUGCCACAACCCCUCUGCAGCCCAGGAAGUUCAGCGCUCCCUGUGCCAGUCCCUCAUCCCUGCCCAGGAGAUCCUUUAUCCUCUGUGAUGACGAUGUCUUCAAAGACCUGGAUGCCAAGAAGGAGAACCGCAGCUUGUUGGUGCACAAGAAUAUCAGGAACAUCCAGGUCACCCCUUCGGUCCAAAGCCCCCCGGUUCUACGUAGAGGCACUGGCAAGAGAAUGCUGAGGCCAGACUCCCUGAUCAUCUACAGGCAGAAACGGGAGUGCAAUACCUCCAGCAGGGAUACCAAAGGGAACAGCUUUGUCAAGCGCUUGUUUCAGGGCUCCAUGAGGGAGAAGCACACCCCUGAGAAGCUCAUCAUCAGCGAAGAGAAGUCCCCCUCGAAAGAGGAGGAUUCUCGGAUGUCUUGGGCCAACGAAAAGGAGAGCCCCAAGAGUGACCAAAGUGAAAGGGAACUCUUUGUAGCCCCUAGCACCCCGCAGACCUCGGAGAAGAGAGACAAAGAGACAACCGACACUGGCGAUGAGUCCACCAACCCAGCCACUUUAAGGAAAACAGGGCUUCAGCGAUCCAAGUCGGAGUUGUGGUUGCGGUACUCGUUGGACUUGUCUGAGAAAGAGCAUUUCUUCAGCUACUGCGGGCUGGACCUGGAGAUAGUGGACAGAAUAGGGCUGGAGAACUUCUACACGGCCAGCUCGGAUACCGUGUCUCUGCUGCUGCGGAGCGCCAGCAUGGGCGGCUCGGAACCCAGCGAGUUCUCCCGCCGUAGCGGGGAGGGGCUGUUUGAGGAGGAAGUAACCGAGCAGAGCCCUACCGGAGUAUCUGUGAUCGAGCGGAACGCCCGGGUUAUCAAGUGGCUUUAUGGGUGCAGGAACGCCAAAGACACUCCCAAAGAAUCCACAGUGUAACAGGACGGCAAGCUGGGACUUUGAAAAUGCUGUUAUACUUUGAAACUAAUAUUUUAGAUUCCUUGACAAAACAUGACGACCAUGUGCUGGUAUAUUUUAUUUAUUUUUAAUGUGUACCGAUGCGCAAUUUCUUCAUCUCAUCUAAGCCUUACGGAAAAAGAAAGUGUAAAUAAUGUAUUUAUGUUUUGUUGAUUGAAACGUAGACAUCAGAAUGCCCAGCAAUUUAAUCUCCAAAUUUGAAAUGUUCAUAAUUUGAAAGCAGGCUGUAACUGAUGGAAACAACAAAAUAAAAUCCAAACUAUUUUAAUAA